GGCGACACGGGCUCUGGACUGAAGAUUGGAGAACCUUUGAAUGGUAGGUCGGCAAUAUCCAUUCUUUUACAUGAGACGUGCUGCGUCCGCUUGAAGCUCGGUAAUGUCGAGGUGCCUGGCCACGCUCGGCUGUACGCCACGAACUGCGGGGGCCUUUGGACUCGGACUCUAAACUGGACUCAGCCUUCCCUUAAGCGCAAUGACGAAAGUGUGAUAUUCAGACUGCGGAGCAUGCACAGCGACAACAUCUUCCGUCUUCUUUGAAGACGUGAUGCUUGAAAGCAAAAACCAAUCUCAGAUCUGCUUCGUCGCUCACACAGUUUGGUAGUUUGUCACAAUGUUCAAUUUGCUUGCUUUGAUCUUGUCGGCUCUGCAAUUCGCCGUCGCGUUGAGAGCUCUGCGAACGGAGCAACAGGUUCUAGAGACAGAAUCUUUCUCAGGAAACGGUAUCUUGGAUAUACGCCAUGAGUAAGUCUGUGUGAGAUACGUGGUCGACGGGGUUUUCGAUAUGGAGGCUAUUUCGCUGACGGCGUCAAUCAUAACCAGGCUCAAGAAAGCCGAAAUCAUCCCGACAGUGCUUGACGACUUUUACCCCCAGCUAGAAGUCAACGUGAAGUGGCCGUCGAACAAAACAGCCAACCUGGGCAACACCUUGAAGCCAAAGAAGCUGCAGGAUGCCCCAUCAAUCAAGCUUGUGGACAUUACGCACCACUGGUCCUCGCCCGACUUAAAAUUCACAAUCACCAUGACGGAUCCAGAUGCUCCCUCUCGAGACAACCCAAAAUGGUCCGAGAUGUGCCACUGGAUCGCCACGAAUGUUUCACUCUCUUCGACUCAGUGGCUGCAGAGCAAGCCGGCGGACGUUAUCACGUACAAACCGCCAGGACCCCCGCCGAAGACGGGGAAACACAGAUACGUGCUUGUCGCGUACGCACCCUCGAACAUGACCACUACACCCCUAAAUCUAACGGUGCCUGAAAAUCGGCAACACUGGGGCUUUGGAAAUGAAGGGAAAGGGGUGAGGGAUUGGGCGGAGCAAAACGGUUUGGUUCCAGUGGGCGCCAACUUCAUCUACGCAAAAAACAAAAAGCAAUGAUUCGCAAUUGCAGAAUCGUCGAGUCCGUUAAACGAUAUCAAGUGCGUAACGCGUUCGAAAAUUUCUCGACCAAAAAAUCCGACGAAUGUCUGGCCCCUUUAAGCCGAUGGAUGGCAAAAGGCCAUGAAUCAGGCUGAAACGUAGAAACCCAUUUCUUCUACAGAUUGAUACAUGGCGAUGAGAACCUUGAAAUGGGACAGAAAGCAAUCGCUCAAAACGUGACGUCGAGUUUGAAGAGCAAACUGUGCACGCACGAAACUCGAACACGUUCGUUUGCAAAAUAAUGCAAGACUCCGGGACACGUUUUGGUUGCUCCGCAAUUCGCUGAUGUCAAAUGUCCUUCUAGUGCAGUUCUCCUUUCGCGUCUAGAGAUCUCCGUUAAGUGGAAACUUUUCCCCCUUGUUCGAGUCCGAACCUAUAGUGCUUCAUGUUGUACUUCUAUCUUUCAAGUUUACGAUAAGCUUAGCUCGAGAUAUGCUCACGUCGAAAAUGAAACUGGA